AUGGCAGAGGGCACCGAGGUCUGGGCAUCCGAGGAUGAACUUGACCUAGGCCAGGAUAACAAUAGUCUCCGACUGCCUGAUCAUGAUAUCCAUUACCGCUCCCCGAAUUCUACAGGACAGCCAUUCAACGAGGAAUUGGACAACAUAGAUACUGCGGAGGAGGCAUCGGAGACGACGGUAGGACCGCCAGACGAGACAGAACUACCGCGAACCCCGCCGCAACAACAAAGAAAUGUCGCGGUUGGGGUCGGAAUCCCGACUAUCGUCCUCCCCGACAGGAGGUUCGCGAACCGGUUCGCCAUUCCUAGCGCAUAUCCAUUCACGCCAAUCAUCGAUCGCAAGUCAAGUGUCUCCUACCCGGAGUCGGAGCCAGACCUUCCUCCAAGCCCGUGGGAUGUUGUGCGAUGGACUAAGCUGCGAAAGAUCACCGGUCAAGCGUUCUCCGAGGUUGGACGUCGUAAUUUUGGCCGACCAACAUGUCUUGCAGUUUCCACAAGCAUUGUGAUUGGCACCUCGAAGGGAAUAAUACUGGUGUUUGAUUACCAACAAAGCCUGAAGGCUAUUAUUGGGACUAGUACGCAAGCGGUUGAACGCGGGCCAGUGACUUCUCUUGCGAUUUCCGCAGAUCACUCUACUGUUGCUGGAGGACAUGGACUUGGUGAUAUAUUUACGUGGGAAAUUGCACGCCCAGCCCGGCCUUUCCUCCACAUCCCUCCAUUACCAGCAAAUCAACUUGAGUUGCGCACAUCUGACAGCCACAUUGAAGGAGCUGCUAUCAUUCAUAUUGGAUUUCUUGGAACAAGACGAACUGCCCUUGUGUCCGCAGAUACAAAAGGCAUGGCAUUCUCCCAUUUGGCCACGCGAGGUAUGGGAUCAGUCGGACGGACCGUUAAAACAACCCGGAUUCUAGGCAGAUACCCGCAGACCACCAUAGAAGAGAUUCGUCCACGCAAGCCCAGUUCCGUUUUGGCAUUUUCUCCCCUUCCACUCGGAAAUGUAGAACAGCCAUCGGACUCUCUGGGCCUUGUCGCGAUGUUGACCCCAUAUCUCCUGGUGAUUGUAUCUACUACCCCUGUCGCACAAACUCAGCACAAAGCGCCGCGACCCAAAGAGGUCCCAGCUCAUAGUGCUAUGACAGGGGCAUUAGCUUGGUUCCCCGCAAUUCGGUUGAAGGGAAAAGAUAGCCAAACUUCCAAUACGAAAUUGGUAUACUGUUGGUCGAAUGUCCUGACUGUCCUAGAAGUGACCGAAGCGGAGACAGACGAACCUGGUAAUAGAGACCGGCCACCAAACCUUGUUUUCAGAGCACGCAGCCGCUGGAAGGCUGAUGAAGCUAUCGUGGCUGUUCAAUGGCUGAGUCGCUCUGUUUUGGCAGUGUUUACAAUUACCCAGCGACUCCUCAUCUUGGAAGACUAUUCUAUGCAUGCAACGGACUCCAUUGACCUGGUUAACCGACAUGUCUACCACACCGACCUAUUUUCUUCACAGUUACACACUUUGGUCGAACAGUUGGAUGAGGAAGACACUUCAAUGCAUGGUGUGGUAGCAGAUGCAUUUUACAUGAGUUUUCGAGCUUACAAGGGACGGUUAUUCUUGCUUGGCUAUAACGAGACUCUGGUCGGCAGCCUGUCUAACUGGGCAGAUCGUCUCCUUGCCCUCAUGGAAGCUGGGGAUUUUAUCGGGGCCAUCCGACUCGCGACUUCAUAUUACACAGGGACAGCAGAGAAGCUCACCGUUGGUCUACCGGAAGAAGACAUUCUGCGACAGCCCAUCGUGCAGGAGAAGCUACUUGAGAUGAUAUCGGCAUCCCUAAAGUAUGCAUUUGGUCGCAACGCCGAGGCCGAUGGCAGGAGACUAGACAAUCAACUUCUCGAAGAGCUGGCCGAAGUAUCCACCACGGCGUGUAUUCACAUGGCCGAUGAAGAUUUUCUUUGGGAUGAGGUUUUUUCUUGGUACGAGGAGCAUGAUGCUGCGGGGGUUUUCCUAGAGGUCCUCGAACCACGCAUCAUUGAUGGCGUCCUUCGUUCAUUGCCUCCCAUUGCAGUGAAGGCCUUAAUAAAUCACUACAUGGUGACCCACUCCCCUGGCCGACUGGAGGAAAUCAUAUGCCUCCUCGAUACCACCACAAUGGAUAUCGACCAAGUCACGACGUUAUGCAAGAAAAAUAACCUCUAUGAUGCUUAUAUUUACGUUUGGAACCGUUGUCUUGCCGAUUACGUGGGUCCACUUGAAGAGCUUCUGCAUCAAAUCCCGUCUCAAGCUGGACCGCUGUCCAAUGGCGACUAUGCAGCUGAAAUAACUCGCCACACCAACGCGAUGAAGAUAUUUCCUUACCUGUCCUUUGUGCUGACUGGCCGCGUCUACCCAACAGGAGAAGAUAUGGACGAGUUCGAAGCUUCACGUGCCAAAAGUGCCUUUAAUCGUGAGGAAGCAGGCUCAUUUGCCCAACUACGAGCUGUGCUCAAGUUCGAUGCUUCCAGUUUCAUGAGCAUGCUCAACGAGGCAUUUGAGGAUAGUUUUCUCAACGACUCUGAUGCUGAGACUGAAGAGAUCCCGGCUAAUGUUUCUGUCAACCGACAGUAUCUCAUAAGCAUUCUUCUCCAAGUGAUGGAUGCACCCUACUUCUCUCCUGAUGAUACCAUAUUCUUGGAUAUGUUUGUUGCGCGCAAUCUUCCCAAAUACCCUCAGUAUAUUCUUUUGUCAGGUACAACUUUACAUCAAGUCCUCGUUCGUCUCUGCCAAUACCCCCACCCGGAUCUGGCUGAGGACUGUGAGUUGAGCGCAGAGUAUCUUCUGUCCUUCUACCAUCCACCGGACAUUCAAAGUAUGGUGCCUUUGUUCAGAGAAGCCCGAUUUUUCCGGGUUCUGAAGUCGACCUAUCGCUCCGAAAAACAAUAUUCGAACUGGAUCUUGGCUUUCCUUGAGGAUCCAAAUAACAAAGAAGACAUAUUUACUGCUCUCUAUGACUGCUUACGAUCUGGUUCUGGCCUGGGUAAAAAGCACAGGCGGGAUGUUAUAGACGUGGUGAAGGCGCAUGCGAGGGAGAUGGCUUCGAUUGAUGUGAGACGUGCUGCCCACACAAUGCAGAGUUUAGUUCCUGAGGCGCAUUCUACAUUUCUCCACGUGCUACAGGAAGAUUCAUCCAGUCAAUACCAAUAUCUUAUGGUUCUCUUCGAACCUCUUCUCUGCAAAUACAAUCCAUCCCACGUUGCGGACUUCGUUGACGGUUUACGGGUAGGUGAGAUUCACCUUGAAGAGCUACUUCCUGCUAUUGAGGAGAGCGGGGCGAUCAAUGCUGCCGUCAUUCUUCUUGCUCGUCAAGGACAGCUGAGGCCUGCCCUGGACCGCCUCGUUGCGCACCUCAAAACCCUCGAAUCAGGCCUCGUCGGUCUCAUUCAUAGCGAAGAUGAAGCUCCAGACUCAACUAGCACUGCGGAGGCCAUAGACGAUUUACUAGAGUCUCUCAAGAAAUAUGCCGGGGUUGGUACUUGGCUCUGCCAGGGUCAAACCACGACGGCGAAGCAGAACCAUCCUCACACCAACGGUCAGCAAGGAGCUUCGCCGCUUCAACACCCCCUGACAUUUGAUGAAACUCUUUGGCUCGAUCUGAUCGAGGCAGUUGUACGCAUUGCGAGCAAUGUGUUUGGACUUUUACGUGGAUACCAAGCUGAAGAUACGGAGAAAUCAAAGCAAGAGCUUGCUUUGACAAAGCCUGCCGUGAACACUGAUCUACUGACCAAUGCUUUCCGGAAUUUGGUUCAGCAAAUUUUCUCAUCUUUAAUAGCAAGUACGGUGAAGGGAGGUGGGUCGUCCACUCAUGAGAGAACGGACAUGUCUUUCCUUCGGGUCCUCCGUGCCUUCCUCACACGGGCUGCCAGCUGGUCACCCUCCCUUCUUGAGCUACGUGCCGUCCUGGCCUCGAUCUUUUCUGCAUACUCGUAUGAGAGAUCGUUGUUGACGUUAGCCAAUGGCAUGCUGGAUCGUGACUUGUUCGUGCAUGUCGAUGAGGUGACAAAGCUUCGGCAGCACGGCUGGCGGCCCCGGGGCCAAGUGUGCGAAAUAUGCCGCCGUCGCAUCUGGGGCCCUAAUAUUGGAACAUCACAUUGGACGGCCUGGCAGACUAAGCAAGCCCACGAACGACAGCGUCGCAUCGAAAAGCGUGCGGAAGAAAGCUACGACCCGGCGACUGAGCGGGGCAAAGGGAAAGCGGCCGCUGCAGUAGGGGCUGGACAGUCGCCUGGGAUGCUGGUUGACCACGUCGGCCCCAUCAGCAGUGUGGAUCAUGAGAACAAACCGGAGGAUGAGCCUGGGCAACCCGAGCGACGGCCCCUUGAACCUGCAGUAGUCUUCUCCUGUCGCCAUCUCUAUCACCGACAGUGCAUCCUGGACACAAUCAAUGUUCACAAUCGCCCCACUGCGGUACCUGCAUUUCGGAAUGAGCAACCCGACUGGUCUGGAGCUGGCCUCUUUUGCCCAGCAUGUACAUAG